AUGGAGACAUAUCAAUUCUCUAUUGGAUAUGAAAAAUCUCAAAUUUCUGGGAUUUUGACAAUGGAGAAUUCGAGAAGGCAAAGAUGGGAUAAUCAUAGACAGGAACCUCCCAGAAGGAAAUCGCCACAGUAUAAGAAGCCACCCCGUGGUAGUUGGCAGCCAAGAGUGCCUUCAUGGGAGAAAGAAUUCUGCAAAGUGAUUGGGGAAGAGGCAUUUAGUAAUGCCAAGAAACGAUUCUGGGCAAAAAGUCAGGGCCUCCCCUGUGAUGCAUCAUUACCUGAUCCAGAUCUUUACAUUGAUGAAAUAAAUUGGAGUUCAGAAAUUGAUCCCGAGGUGCAAUUGGAGCUUGAAUGCAAUCCCGAAAUUCCCAAGGCAGGGCUGCAUGACUGGGAUGGGACUGCAAAUGUAUGCGCUGAUUAUCUCAAUAAUACAUGGCACGUUAGUGAUGUGGGUGGAGCUAUUGGACAUAUGCCGUGGGAAGGUAAUUGGAAUGAUAACUGGGGUUGGAAUCAUUCGAAUGGUCAUGAAAAUCAAGAAGUGAAACCCAUUAAACCCAAGAAUUUCGAAGACAAGAAAGCAGACAACGUUCAGGGAUCAUGGGACGGCAACAAUAUGGGGAGAGUUGAUGAUGCUGGUCGAUACUUAUCGAGAUACAGAACUCCAAGAUUCCAAAGCAAUGAGCACCGUAAAAAUCACCUUUGGUGGAACGACAGAGGUCGAAGAAGAUAA